GUCCCGCCGGCGGCAGGCGGGCCUGGAAUGUGCGAGGGGCGUGGUGAUGGCCCCUGCCGCCGGCCUCUUUGCGCAACACCUUGGCUACAAAUACCCGGGCCGCCGCGCUCCACCUGGGUGCCUCCUUCGGUCCAUUACCUGCGCGCCGAGCGCUGACCAUGGCUCCUUGGCCAGAGGUGGAAAAUGCCCAGCCCAACCCCAGUAAAUACAUCGAAGGGACCAGCAGGGCUGGGAAAGACAAGGAGACGACGGACAAAAAUGGCACCGGGAUCAUUCUGACCAAGAUGGAACUUCUGCCCUCGCACUCCUCCGUGGCCCUGAUUGAGGAGCCCACAAAGGAGCCCACAAAGGAGCCUGCAGUUGUGGAAGACCCCUGGGACCUGCCCGAGCUUAAGCCCCAGGGGAUCAAGUGGUCAGAGAGGGACACCAAAGAGAAGAUUCUGUGUGUCUUCCAAGGGAUUGGGAAGCUCAUCCUGCUUCUGGGAUCCCUCUACUUGUUUGUGUGCUCCUUGGACGUGCUCAGCAGUGCCUUCCAGCUGAUUGGAGGAAAGGUGGCUGGGAAGUUCUUCAAAAACAACUCUAUCCUGUCCAACCCCAUGGCGGGGCUGGGGAUUGGGAUGCUGGUGACCGCCAUGGUGCAGAGCUCCAGCACCUCCACGUCCAUCGUCGUCAGCAUGGUGGCCUCCUCGCUGCUGACGGUGCGGGCCGCCAUCCCCAUCGUCAUGGGAGCCAACAUCGGGACCUCGAUCACCAACACCUUCGUGGCGCUCAUGCAGGCAGGAGACCGGACCGUGUUCAGAAGGGCUUUCGCUGGGGCCACCGUCCACGACUUCUUCAACUGGCUGUCCGUGCUGGUGCUGCUGCCCGUGGAGGCCACCACCCAUUACCUAGAGAUUGUGACCAGCCUGAUCGUGGAUUCCUUCCGCCUGAAAAACGGAGAAGAUGCCCCAGCGUUUCUGAAAGUCAUCACAGAUCCCCUUACAAAGCUAAUCAUCCAGCUGGAUAAAAAAGUCAUCAGCCAAAUCGCAAUGAACGAUGAAGCAGCUCAAAACAAGAGUCUGAUCAAGAUUUGGUGCAAGACCUUCACCAACGUGACUCAGAUGAAUGUCACCGUCCCCUCCGAAGAGAACUGCACCUCCCCCUCCCUCUGCUGGACAGAUGGUUUCCACACCUGGACCAUCGAGAACGUGACCCACCAGGAGAAUGUUGCCAAGUGCCGCCACAUCUUCAUGAACGCCGGCCUCACUGAUGCUAUUGUCGGCGUCAUUCUGCUGGUGGUGUCCGUGCUGCUGCUUUGUGGCUGUCUGGUGGUGAUCGUCAAGCUCCUGGACUCGAUGCUCGGGGGGCAAGUAGCUGUUGUCAUCAAGAAGACCAUCAACACCGAUUUGCCUUUUCCCUUUGCCUGGCUGACCGGCUACCUGGCUAUCCUUGUGGGGGCAGGCAUGACCUUCCUUAUACAGAGCAGCUCCGUGUUCACGUCUACCUUGACCCCGCUGAUAGGUAUUGGCGUGAUCACCAUUGAGAGGGCGUAUCCCCUCACGCUGGGCGCCAACAUCGGCACCACCACCACCACCAUUAUGGCUGCCUUGGCCAGCCCAGGCAGUAGACUGAGGAGCUCACUCCAGAUUGCCCUGUGCCACUUUUUCUUCAACAUCACAGGCAUCUUGCUGUGGUACCCAAUCCCGUUCACCCGCCUGCCCAUCCGCCUGGCCAAGGGGCUGGGCAACAUCUCAGCUAAGUACCGCUGGUUUGCCGUCUUCUACCUGGUCGGCGUCUUCUGCCUAACCCCGAUGACAGUGUUCGGCCUCUCGCUGGCCGGGUGGCCAGUGCUGGUGGGCGUGGGGGUGCUCGUCAUUCUCGUGAUCCUCCUGGUGGUGGUGCUCAAGCUCCUACAGUCCCGCUGCCCACGCGUCCUGCCCAGUAAGCUCCAGACCUGGAACUUCCUGCCCUUGUGCAUGCGCUCACUGCAGCCCUGGGACCGGUUGGUCUCUCUGGUCACCCUCUGCUGCACGAACCCGUGCUGCUGCUGCUGCCGCGUCUGCUGCCGUGCCUGCUGUCUGCUGUGCUGCCCCAGGAGCUGCCGCUGCAGCAAGUGCUGCCAGGACCUGGAGGAGGUGCCAGACAUCCACAUCAAGGCCCCCGAGGCCUUCAGUAACACCGCCAUGGUGGGAGAGGGGCAGGAUGGGGUCCCUAAGUCCCAAGCGAAUGCCCUGGACACAAACACCAUCUCCAGCAGCACGGCCUUUUAGCAGCUGCCCCAAGACAGGAGGAGGGGCCCCCAAGUCCCACGUGCUCCCUCCUGGUUCUGCAUGCCACUCUCCACCUCGCUGAGAAAUGGCAUCGACGUCAGCCCUGACUCAUUCCCCUUUGCACUGCCGCAGCUAGAAAAAGGAUCCCAACACCCACCCACCCCUGCACGCAGCUGGGUUGGCCAAUAGAACGUAUUUUCAGACUCAAACCAUCCUUUUCUGAAGUCCUAAAGGAGGGAUUUGUGGGGGGAUUGUCAAAGACGCAUUCGUACACACAUGCUCUUGUAAUAAAAGUCUCCUUUUACCUAAGACUGGCUUCAACUAAAGGCAGCUGGCCCUCAGGUAUCCUUGCCCCAGAGCAGCCCAGGUCAGAGGGAAUGGACCUUGGAGAACACAGGUGUGGGCCUUUUUCUUUUCCUAGGGCUCCCCACGUUCCCUGACAAGGUUUUCUCACCUGGGCAGGUAGGGGCUAGCCCAAGCAUUGUACCAGCUGUGCCCUCGAGUUUCCAGGAUGGGAGCCACAUGGGAGCUGCGGAAAGAUCCGGGAUGCACUUUGGCUCACCUGUUGCUUCGGCCUCCUAAGAGGAGGGCGGUCCUGUUCCUGAGCUGGGCAGAUGGAGGGUGAGAGCAAAGCCGUUCAGCAGUGGCAAGCUCGGGGGGUGGGGAGGGCUGGGGAGAGGACUAUCUGCUAAAAGGGCCAAGGGCUCUUUUUAAUUUGGCUAUUUUGGAAGCCAAAUUGACCAUUAUAGCUCAAGCCUGGAGCCACUCUGGGUCAGAUUAAAAUCAUCCCCGUUGAGUCUUCUGGAUUCAGGUUCUGAGUCCCCCCCCCCAGCCACUGCCUUGAGUCCCGGGAAUCACCUGAGCACGGGGCAGUUCUACAUACCUGUCUCCUUGCUCCGUGUGCAAGGUGACUGUGCCAGCUUCCUUCCAUCCUUCCACCCCUCCACUCUUUCCAAACACCCUCCCAUAUACCCAUAGACUCACGAGCUUGACUCCCUGCCCUCGCUUGAGGCCUGCGGAGCUACCUUUUCUCCGAGGGUGGAAGUGAGGGCCUGGCCGGACUCCUGCAGAACCUUGGUCAUCUAGUGGCAGUAGGGCCUCGUGUGUCUGCUGGUCUAAGGGCUGUGCUUCUUGCCCCAGAAGCCUUCCGUGCCUUCUAGAUCCCCUGUUGUGUUUCGUCCUCCUUCACUCCCCGCAGCUCCUCACCUCCCGAGCUCCCGAGCUCCCUGGAGAGUGAGCUUUUAACCAAGUCUGGGGGAGGCAGGGGGCGGGGCCACCACGCUCCCAAUCAUAGCAGGUUGGGAUACCAAACCGAGCCCUCCCCUGACCUUCGCCCAUGUAGAUACAGAUUCUCUCAUGGCUACUCAUGCUCCAUAUUUAUCAUUGUGUGCCUGUACAGUGCUUGCUUUUGCUUUUUCUUUUUGUAAGUUAUAUAGUGAAUGCAUGAUAUGUUUUGGGUUCUCAUUUGGAAAUGU